GUGUGUGUGUGUAAAGAAUGAAGAGCGGAAGUAGACCGACCAUUUUGAAAUCCUGCACCGCCUGGCGUGAUGGAUAAGGGCCACACGGUGAAGCUCUUUGUGGGGAACUUGGCCCUGGACACCACGCAAGAGGAAUUGUCAGCCAUUUUCGAGGCCUAUGGCCAAGUAGUGAGCUGCAGCGUCCUUCGGCAGUUCGCCUUCGUCCACUUGCAGGGAGAGGGCGCAGCCGAACGCGCCAUACGGGAACUCAAUGGCCGAGAGUUUAAAGGUCGUAACCUGGUGGUGGAGGAGUCGAGGGGACGGCCGCUCCACUCCACCAAGGUGUUUGUGGGUAAUCUGAGUGGCAUGUGUACUACCGAAGACCUGAAGGAACUCUUUCAGACUUUUGGGAAGGUCCUGGAGUGUGACAAGGUUAAAGGCUAUGCCUUUGUGCACAUGGAGAACAAGGAGGAUGCACUACAAGCUAUUGAAGCCUUGCACGGCACCUCAUUUAAGGGGCGUCCACUCUCAGUGGAGUUGUCUAAAGUCCAACCCAGCAAGCAGACGCCAACCGGGAAGAUCCCUUGCGUUAGUUGUGGUAAACAGGGUCACUAUGCUGGCGAGUGUCCCACUGGGAAGCCCGCUCUGGAGCAGUACCAGAGUCAAGCGGCAGUGCUGGCAGCUGCUGCCGCUGCUGCUGCAGGACUUCCACUUCAGGUACAACAGAGUGUCCACAACUCAGUCUACAAUACCACAACCUUCGACCCCACCUAUGCUGCUUUGACUGGCCUGACUGCUGCUGGAGCGAGAGCGGAAGGAGCAGCCGCGGUUGCACCUGCUGUAUACGGAGCACUAGCUAAUCAAGUUUACGGAACAGUCGCUAACCAGCUCUAUGGAGGCACAAUGGCUAAUCAAGCGCUUAACACUGGGGCUUCCGCAGCUGCCGCACAGGUCUAUGGCUCUCUAAACCCUGCUCUUUAUGGCCAGGUGACAAGCGGAAGUGUUGCAGCUGCCGCCGCUGCUGCCGCUGCCUACGGGCCACAGGUUUACACACCUGCCGUGGCCAACCCUGUGUUUUUAGCUGCAGCACCUAGCAUGGAAGUACCUGCAGCUGCUGCUGCCGCUGCUGUUAACCCAGCCUACACGGUAGCUUCAGCCAUCUACACCGCUAACCCAGCUUACAGCGCCUUGGGAGCGGCUGACCCGACAGCCAUUUUUGAAGCAGCAAGGGCUCAGUACUUUGCACAGGGACAGCAGGUGCUAGCAGAGCAGCAACAAGCGUCUACAAAAUCUGGGGAAAGGGACAGGAGCCCGCUCAGACGAUCAGCACCUUUAUUACCUGACCCAGUUAUGAAGCCCUUUAUGUACCAGAGGGGAAAGCGCAGAGCAUUACUGCCUACUCCUGCAGGCCGGGAAGAGGCCGCCGCUCAGGAAGAGGAUCCUGUUGCCAGGUACUAUGCAGAGUACUAUCAGCAGUACCAGCAGCUCGCCCAGUACCCACAGUACCCCACAGUUCAUUAUCCAGCCCCGAGCCCACUGGCGGCAGUGUCUGCCAUCCCCACGCUGUCUGCCGUUCCUGCUGCGCUCGACCCGCUCAGGCCAGUGCUGCCCGCCGCUCCCGUGCCUGCCGCUGCCGCCAUCGCCGUGGCAACAUCCCGCGUGUAUGAGCCGCCGCCGAUUCCGCCGUCGCGCAAGGAGCCCAUCCUGCGCCGCUCCGAACUCGCCCUGCACCCUCCCGAAACGCCCUUCCGAUAGUGUGCACUUCCUCCCACUGUCCCCCCCUUCUGUCCUCGCGCCAUGUCUCUGACUGUGUGUGUGUGUGUGUGUGUGUGUGUGUGUGUGUGUGCGCGCACAGAGUAUGUCUGUGGUUUCUGUAAGUGGGGGAGAAGUCUCUGUGUGUGUGUGUGUCUGGGUGCCUUGGCUUUUAAAGACUGGAAUAUCUGACCUUGGUCCUGAUCACACACCCGGUGUAGCGAGUCAGGGUUAGGAAAGGGAAAGUGCACACUUUUAUUCAAACACAACCAACAUUUUAAAAUCUCAAACCUUAAACCUGUAGACAGCUUUAAGGUGUAGGCUAAACCAUUAGCCAUGUGAUGUUUCAUGAGUGUGAUUUUUACAUUUUUUUUAUAUAUAUAAAAUAGCCUAUGAAUGAUACUGUACUUGAGAUUUUUAAGAUCUGCUUGAAAUAAUUAGAGGACUAUAAACCAGUUUAUGUCUAUGUCUGUACAUAAAUAUAUAAACACAUAUUAAUUAGAUGUCAGUACAUUUUAAUGAAUGUAUGUUUACUCCCCGAGGUGUGUGAAGUCCAGGACCAGGGUUUGGCAUUGUACUUGUGUGUGUGUGUGUGUGUGUGUGUGUGUGUGUGUUUGUCCUUUGUGUCUUUUGAGACAGUGUAUGUGUGUUGAUGUCAGUUGCGUUGGUUGCAAUGACCGAAUGACAGGCACACACAUGGAUCAACACACAUGCAUUUAGGGAAACUGCCUUGAUCUUUUACCACAAUACAUACACACGGCCUUCACAUCCUGAGAGAAAAUAAAAACAAGUAAACGAUCAGUGAUGACGUGCAUCACUCCUCCCCAUCCCACGUCACCCAUCCUGAAAGCUGAAAGACACUGUGAAUCCUCUCUACUUUUAUUUGUGUUAAUGUAGCUACACCAAUCAGUACGGUGAAAAACAGGGAAUAACCGAAUUUGGGAACGAGAACAUGGCUAGAUGUGCCAUUAGCUGGGAUCGGUCCUUCAGCUUGUUUAGGCUAAUUGGACCUUCGUUCAUUAACUUAACUGCCAUUUUGCAUAGGUGAGGCAUUUUGGAAGUAUCUUAUGGAUGAUUAUCCUGCUUUUUUAUGAAAUGUACUAAAUGGGACUCAAGCAUCUUUUUAAAAAAAAAAAAAAAAAAAAAAAAAAGUCUCCAUAAUCUUUGUUUACAGCCAUGAAUGAGAAGUAGCUUUUUACCGAAUGAACAUGUUUAUAGCCAAAAUCUUUUUUUUUUUUUCUUUUUUCUUUUUAACUCAGUGGCUUAUUAUUCUUAUGCCUUACUAGAGAAAUGUAUAAAAGUGUGCUAUUUUUUUGAUUGUAGUCUUAAAAUGUGAAUCUAGAUGGAACCCAGCACAAACAGAGUGCUCUAUGUGGUGUGGGAUUAAAAGAAAUGGGAGAUCAGUUUCUUUCAGUCUUCUUUCCCAUUUGCUGUACAAUAUCACUAGACUGCCCCUCAUCCAUCCUCCAUCUCUCUCCAUCUUUCUUUGCAUCUGUCUUUAACUGUGUGCCAUCGUCAUCUACCUUACACGUACCUACACAAUGAAGAGACCAGUGUUAAUGGGAAUGUCUGAGAAAAUGUCUUCAUUUGUGUAGUUUGUAUGUACAAAUACUAUGGAAUACUAAGGGUCUAUGCAUGGGCUUUUAGAAAAAUAAAUAAAUAUAUAUAUAGUGUAACCAAGUAUAAAAUAAAAAUGUUUGAUCCUUAUGAAAGUAAAGGGAGAAAAGUUUUUGGGUUUUGUUUGACUAUUUUUUUCUUUUUGUUGAUGUUUCAUAAUUGUUUUUCUUCUGUGAAACGACCAGACUCAAAUGAAUGGGAGCCUUGAGAGGAAGUGAAAGGACUAGAGACUGCCCCCUGUCCCUCUCGGUUUCUGUGGAUGGGGUAAGUUGGGGGUGACCCUCGCUCUGUCCCCUUAGCUUUACCAGCCCCAAAGGAGCUGCACUACACAAUGCUGCACCCUUUGAGUAAAUAACUACCCAACGCCACCCUCCUAAAACCUCCACAAUGCGAGUUUGCUACACUGGCCAAUGUUUAGUUGCUUUUUGGGAGAACAGCACUGGUUUGGAGAUGUGGUGAAGCUUUGUGUGUACCACUUAAAUAUUGUGCAAUGGCUCUCAGGGACCUUGUACCUGACAGGGUACUCGAGAGGGUCUUGAGAGUCGUUCAGCUGACGCUUUGGUUUCUGUGAUGUAUUGGAUGUUGUGCAUGUUAUAUUUUGCUUUUUUUUCCUGCAAAUUCCAAAUCCCAAAAACGAAACUUUCUGACUCCACUGUCCCGACUGAACUAGGUCCCCCAAAGGAACUGUGGACGCCGUUGGUGGGGUGAGGACAGUUAGCAUCUCGCAGUGUACAGGAACUCUCUCGGUCUUCAUGCAGGUAAAAAGCACUGUGCUUCGCCCCACCCCCUUCCUCUCGUCCACCUGAUAGCGCCUGCGCCUGUACCGAACACCUGCUCUUCUUCCCCACUACCCCACCUCCCCCUCUAGUCUCCACUCCUCUGUCAGCAUCACCACAGCCAAUGGGAAUCCUCCAUGGGCCCGAGUUUUGCCACAAUAUUUUGCUGAAAGAAAACACUGACAGGUUUUGCUUCGCAGCUUGAGUGACAGCAGGGGCUAACAGUUUGCUGCUGCUUCUGUUGGGCUGAUAUUCAUGUUGCUGCGAGUGAAGGGUGAAUGUGGUAGCGUGAUGAAGACUGGGUGAAUGUUGGCGUUUCUAGCUGACGAGUAAGUGUGUGUUUGUGUGAGAAGUGGUGGAGUGACUGGUUGCUAUAGUGAAGAGUGCUUGGGUGUUGGUCUGUUCAGCAUCUCAAGGCUUGGCAGAUGUGGACUUUGCACAAGAGUCCCACUUAGUAUAUCGCCGAUCUCGCUUGUCCCCCCAAUUCUUCCUUUACACCCUCCCUUUUUUUUCCACCCGGCCCCCCUUCCUACCCCCAGACCUUCCUGGAGUUUGUCCGCCGUACACACACAGCUUGCCGCCGUCCUCGUCGCCUUCCAAAACCCGGCUCUCAAGUUUGUUCGGUGUUACGCACUUGCUGCCUAACCGCCUGAACACACCCCUGAAACUACCCCUUUGCUGGACAUUCUCUGUCAGGCAAUUAAACUGAUAGUUCACCCCAAAGCAACAUCAGACUCUGUAACUAGAGCUUCAGACAAAAACAAUAUAAGGUUUUGCCCUCCCUUUAAGAGAUCACAAGUUUGAUCCCCCAGCCUUCCAUGGCCAGAGGUUAGAACUGCUGCAGGAUUUCAGUCCAGUCAAAUAGGAGCCACACCUGAUAGUUGGCUCUAGACAAAAAUCAGGUGAUCCUCUGGAUCACCUCUGGCUUCUGCUUGUUAGGAAUGAAAACCCUGCAGACACACCAUCUCUAGACUGGACACCCCCUGCUUUAAGGGGACAAAACUUCAAUUUGGACCAUUCCUCUGCAAGUGUACCAUGUUCAUCAGAGCAACCGGAGCCAUAUCAUGGGCUAAAUGUUUGUUAGGUCAUGGAUAUAGGGAGCUCUUCAAUGCGAGUUCUGCAUUUUUAUGCUCCAUAAGCAGGAGCUUCAUGUGUCUCACAAUACCUAUAUUUUUUUUUGUCUAGAGCUCUAAUUCCUGAUUCUGAGAUUUUUGGGUGGAAAAUCACUUUAACGCCCUCCUGUAGGGCUCUUGGUUUAAAUCCUCUAAUUACACAUUGACAGUUGAAAGCCACCCUUCACCCCUAGAGGGGGUUUUAGUGUCAGAUUUUGUUCCAGAAGACCUAAUCCAAUCCAGUAGACAUGAAUUAGGUAAGUCAGGUCUCCCUUUUAUGGGUAAAACUGGAACAAAAGACACUUCCUGUAGAUCAGCUCUCCCCUCCCCCCUCAAGGUGUCAUUAACUGUCUUCAAGUAAUGUCCAUCCAAAGUAUACACCAGAUGUUGAGAUGAUUGACGUGCACAUAUAAAGGACGUGAGUAGGACGUCUGGUGAAUACUGACUUGAAGAUUAGUGUAUUUGGUUGACACAGAUGUCAUUUGUGUGAGGGUGUGCCUACCUCAAACCCAGUUCCUCUAAACUCCUUCGAAGUGUUGUAACUUUGUGCAUCGAGUUUUGUUUGCGUUUUCAGCUGACACUGAGGAGGACAUCUCAAAAUACAAACACUGAUCUUUUUGACCAGACUCUGACCCUGUCUAUUAUAGUGUUUCAUAGAACUCUUAGAAAAAUGGGUUUCUCAAGGGUUCUUUGCAUGGUUAAGGGUACUAAUGGAACAGGUCCUCUGAUGUUCUACAAGGGGUAAUCUGUCACCUGAAACAUCUUGCAUGCACAAAUCCUGGGUUUCUUGGGUCUUUACAUUAUUGCGAGGUGAUUUUGGUAAGUUCCUGUUUUACAUGAAUUUCGUGUAAAUGACCACUUUCCCAAUCCGUCUGCUGGAUGAUGACAACAAUGUCGGGAAUUCCCAUCUGACUACUCUUAUUGUCGACUGCCUCAUACCAGCUAUACGCCAGUCUAGGACCACAUAUGAAAGAGGCUCAUUGACUAUUGUUUUUUUUUCUUUUCUUUUUAAUAUUUAGCACAGUUCUUGAGGGGGGCAUUAAAGCAGAAAAUUUAGCAAUAAAACAAACCAGAGUGAGAACCAACUAGGAACACCUUCAUGUGGAAAGAAAAAACCUACACAAACCAUCUGUAGGUCCAGUUCCAUUUUUGGGUUGUGAUGAUCUCAUGGUCAUGCAUUCAACACACAUUCUUGUGCUGUGUCAUGGCAUUUGGAACUGCUGAGUUGGUGGGAAAACCAGCCCUGCUUCUCCCUGCCACUUGAGAAAGGACAUACAGGCGAUUCAUCCACUUUUAAACAGGGCUAGAUCAGGGGCACUCAACCGUGGUUUGUAAUCAUCCAUUACAUAAAAUUCCUUGAAUACAAAGGUCAGGAUAAGCAACCGACAUGACUGAUAUGUGACACCAGUUACCUUUUAAUGCUUAACUAUUAGUCCAUAUUUGAUGGCUAUAAAUAAACUGUAUUUGAAGUUGUUUUGGUACUGGCACAUCAUUUUUAAUUAUGUUUUUAAGAUUCUUGGUCCUGUGAUAUACUUCAACAUCCAGACCGCAGUGUGCCAGUUGAUGACCCCUGAACUAACACGGAUUUGGUUUGUUCCACUUUUUAUAGUUUCAUACAUGAUUCUAUACACAUGGGUUUACCCUUUUUUACAAAACAUUUCAAGUACAAACCCUUAAGAAACCAAGCCUUAUCUCAUCUUAUCUAAAGAACCCAUUGAGAAACCCAUUUCCCCAUAAGAGAGCGCAAAGAAGAAAAUAAAGGUGAGUAUUCUGUGGCGUAUGAUGGAAUAUCUCGCACAAUACAAUAUCUCGCUCGGCAUGAUGGGAGAUCUGUGCUUACCGGAGAAGACCGAAACAUUUCUAUGGAGCGCUCUUAGAAAAAGUGGAUCUUUAGUGUGUGAACACUGACCUCUGACGGCAAUCUUCAUGUCUCCUACACAUGACACCAGAAGCGCUUUCCUCACCUUCAUGUUCCCUAACAGCUUAAUCGGCUGUCCCCUACUUUUCUCCUUUUACUCUUGGUGUGCACAUAAUCACACUGCCUGUGGUAGCAUUUUCUUCAGCCAUUGCUAUAACUAAAAAGUUAUCUACCUAGUUUUGUAGCUUUUUGUAUAUUUCUUUCCCUACCAAUUUCAUCAUCUUUUCCAUUUUUUUUUUGUGACAUUUAACAGCAGUUUUUGUCGCAGGGGUUAGGAUGUGUAUUUGCCCAAAAAUGAUAGCGGCUUUGGAGAUGGUGGGUUGAAUGCAUGCUCUAUAAUAAUGUUAACUGCACAAACGUAUUGACUGGAUAAAUGUAAUUACUGUUCAUCAGCUUAUGCAUGCACACAAUUUGUUGUCGCAUGCAAACCUAUAAUAAACUAGUCCUAUAUGAGCA